AUGCAUAGCAAAGACCCCCAUUCAGUGGAAGGUUCCAGCCCAACACAUGUGAACCACAAACAGCAGCUGGUCGCAACAUGUCGCAACCUUAGGAAGUUGACUCCUGCAUCGGUGAAAUCGGCCCUUCAGAAGGUUCUUGGAGAUCCAAGUUAUGCCCAGCGGGCAAGAGAGCUACAAGGAAUGAUGCUGAAGACCAAGGGGGCUGAGGCGUGUGUGGAGGCCAUCGAACGUUUCGUGGAGAACGACGGAUGCGAUGAACUCUUUCUCAGGGCACCUCCAUCAUGGUCCAGUUACGUCACGCCCUGGGUGAAGCCUCUGUGCCUGCUGGCCCUGGGCGCGGCGCUGGGUGCCAUCCGUGAAUUGGUGCUCUCCGAGGUGGAGUUCAAGGUGCAAGAGAAGUCUGAAGAGAUGCUUAUGAAGGGCAAGGAGGUGGUUGCACAAAUGCAGCAACGCCAUCGCGAGAAAAUGCAGCAGCUGGUGGAGGAGAUUGGCCAAUGCCAGCUAAAGCAGCAUGAACUCGAAAGGGAGAAUGGACGCUUGAAGCAGACUCUGCACAACCUCGAGUCUCAGUUCACAAUGAUUGGAAACACCUACUUGAAUGGCAAGGACUUUGCUUCUCCGGAGUCUGUGAGCACUACGGAAGCGGACACGGUGGAGCCCCCUUCAAGUCAGGUGCCACCAUCCACGCCUCAACCGCGUGCGAACUAUGGAAGUGACGAUCUGCCGGAGGUGCCGACCUUUCCGUUUUCGCCCGUUCCCAUGGGCUCGCCCCCGGCGAUUUCCAUUGCGGAGUCGCUGGGUCCGUCUACCCCGCAGCGCACCCCGGUGUCGCUGCUCCAGUCGCUCACGCCCAUGCCGUCGCCCUUCACGGUGAAUGGUCGGGCUGGGGCAGGUCUGGUGGGUGGAUGCGGCAUCUUCAGCUUUACCUUGCGCAAGGCUGAUGGUGCUGAACUGGGACUCAAUGUGUCGCAUACCUCGGAUGAUCGAUGUCUUUGCGUGGAAGGAAUCCGUGAGGGUGGCGCUGUGGAAGCCUGGAAUCGCCAGUGUGGUGUAGGCACAUCCUUUGCGGAAAAGGCUGUCUUUCCGGGAGAUCGGAUUAUCAGUGUGAAUCAAAUUUGCUAUGAUCCAAGCAAGAUGCUACAGGAGUGCAGGGACAAGCAACUUUUGAAGUUGACCAUUGCUCGUGGCAAUGUGCCGCUGCCAGCACCACCGCAGGAGCUUCGUGCUGAGGCCUCAGAGUUUGUACCUGGAUCAAACUCCAAGUCAAAGAACAACAAGAACAAAGAAGAGGAGGAGCCUGGAGUUGGCAUGGAGUUGGCUGGGAAGAAUGCCAGGAAUGCAUCGGGUGCAGUGUCAGAGUUGGUCCAGAAGUUGCCAGAUUUGGGCUAUGCUCUCAUAGAGGAAGGAAAGGCACCCAGAGGUGAGAGCAGCCAGGAGCUGAAGGGACUAACACGUUCCGACAAAGCGGCCCCAGAAAACACUCCGAAGGCCCUUGGCCGUUGGCGCUGCCCAGCCAUGGAGGGGCUGGAGAUUACCUUUGAUGAGGACAAUCGGAUCCGUGUGAUGCCGAAAGAGAAGUUCAAGCAGACUGAGGAUCUGGAAGCCGAGUGCAAUGGCUUCGCUGAGAAAAUCCAGGCUUUUAGUGGCACCGUGGAUAUGCUCGUUGAGGUCUUAGAUGGAGAAGCCCUGAAGAUCGAAGAAGAGAAACUGAGGGCCAUUGGUCAACGGAACCGUGCUGAGAUGGAGGCCGAGGCCAGGAGACGCAAGCAACUCAGCAUGGAGGCAGCAAUUAAGGAGAAGACACAAGAACUUGAAAGGCUCACCUUCCAAUUGAACUCUUUGGAGAAGGUGGAAAGAGAGCAACAAGCUCUCAUUGAGAAGCUCAGCAACUUGGAUUGGUGCGGACCUGCGGCCAAAAGGUCGUGUUGCAGGCACCAUGGUCGCUGCUCACUGAACAGAAUCCAUACUUUGGCUACAAAGGUGCGGGCAUGA